UGGUCGACCACGCCGACUUGUGAAAGAGGCCUCACCAGUCCGUGGUUUCCUUGAUUUUUGCCUUCACGCACUGUUUGGCUUUGGCAAACUUUUGUCUUCUGCUGUGUUUUCCAUGACCAGGAGAGCUUUUGCUCAAUGCCUGCUGAGUUGGUCGCGAGACAUGUUCUUGUUCGUCCCCAUGCUUGGCGUACACAGUUUUUGGGGUUUGUCUCCCAUUCGCACACUUCGCUGCUGAGCCGUUGGUUCUCAGCCGACAACAGAUAGUACCGCGCCUCAAGCAAGGGCAUGUGUUCGGCGAUCAAAGACGCAUUCAAGUUGACGCCCUCCAACUUACAGCAAAAAAGUUGCGCUUAGCUGUGAAACCUGUAGGAGCUAACGGCUUGCAACCUCCUUGAAAGCGCUUUGACGCUUGGCUUGCGUGUAGUUGGGAUGGCCCGUGUGUUUGCCACAGGGAAGCUCGCCGCAAUGGGAUCAGUUGGCAUCCUGGCAGUUGCUGGCUUUGUGACGUUCUAUCUUUGUGACGUUCCCAGGCCCAGGCAGUCCUUUCAGCCCACUAGACAAGAGACGUCUUCGUUAAGCCAAAGCGUGGCUUCCGAGCACAAAGCGCAAGAGGAGGCUGCGUUCUGGGGAAAGCAUGAUGAUCGCUUGCAAUGGCGAAUUUCCUGGACAAGCAUCCAACAUUUUCAGCAUGAGCUCCAUAAAGUUGCAGAUGUGGGAACCCUGGCACGUUCAUUGCUUGGGGAAAAGUCUGGAAAGAGGCGUGGAUUGACGCUUGGAUGCGGGCCCAUGGCGGGCGAGUACCCAAUGCUGAAAUCAUUCGGGGUGGACAGUAUCGAGGCGUACGACACUGCAGAGGGGAUGUAUCAAAAGUUUUUGGAGUUUCAGCCAAACCCAGAGAUUCCUGUAACCUACCAUGUCAUGGAUGUGAAUGAGAUCCAUUUGGAGGAAGGGGCGUUUGAUGUGAUUUACAUUCAACACGCAUAUCAUCACUUCGAGCGCAUCGAGCACGUUGCUGAAGAGAUCUCCAAGGCCUUGAAGCCCUCAGGUGUGUUCGUCAUCACCGAUUGGAUUGGGCCAAAUUUCCUGCAGCGGACGCCAGCGCAGCUUGCAGUGAUGAACAACCUUUGGCAUCAUAUGCCAGCCAAGUGGCGCACAGACCACAUGGGGAUCGUUCAUUCCGAGCCUGUGGUGCCUGCCAAGGAAUCCUUGUCGCCAUUCGAGGCUGUGCGAAGCCAGGAGAUCAAAGACGUGCUGGACGCGCGCUUUGAGAAGCGGAUGCAAUGCGUUUAUGCGGGCAUUUUGUACCCUAUGUUUGAAGGCUUUGGCCACAACUACAACGAGUCUGACCCGGUGGAUUUGGCCUGGAUCCAGCAGAUGUGGACACUGGAUCGACUCACAGCUGAAACCGGAGCCGUCGAGCCCACUUUCAUGAACGCAGUGUACACAAAGCGCAUGCUUAAUGGGCGGCGCCUCCAACCAGGCGAGAAUUCUUUGUUAAGCCAAAGUGUGGCUUCCGAGCACAAAGCGCAAGAGGAGGCUGCGUUCUGGGGAAAGCAUGAUGAUCGCUUGCAAUGGCGAAUUUCCUGGACAAGCAUCCAACAUUUUCAGCAUGAGCUCCAUAAAGUUGCAGAUGUGGGAACCCUGGCACGCUCAUUGCUUGGGGAAAAGUCUGGAAAGAGGCGUGGAUUGACGCUGGGGUGCGGGCCCAUGGCGGGCGAGUACCCAAUGCUGAAAUCAUUCGGGGUGGACAGUAUCGAGGCAUACGACACUGCAGAGGGGAUGUAUCAAAAGUUUUUGGAGUUUCAGCCAAACCCAGAGAUUCCUGUAACCUACCAUGUCAUGGAUGUGAAUGAGAUCCAUUUGGAGGAAGGGGCGUUUGAUGUGAUUUACAUUCAACACGCAUAUCAUCACUUCGAGCGCAUCGAACACGUUGCUGAAGAGAUCUCCAAGGCCUUGAAGCCCUCAGGUGUGUUCGUCAUCACCGAUUGGAUUGGGCCAAAUUUCCUGCAGCGGACGCCAGCACAGCUAGCAGUGAUGAACAACCUUUGGCAUCAUAUGCCAGCCAAGUGGCGCACAGACCACAUGGGGAUCGUUCAUUCCGAGCCUGUGGUGCCUGCCAAGGAAUCCUUGUCGCCAUUCGAGGCUGUGCGAAGCCAGGAGAUCAAAGACGUGCUGGACGCGCGCUUUGAGAAGCGGAUGCAAUGCGUUUAUGCGGGCAUUUUGUACCCUAUGUUUGAAGGUUUCGGACACAACUACAACGAGUCUGACCCGGAAGAUCUCGCCUGGAUCCAGCACAUAUGGGCCUUGGAUCGAAUCUGCGCUGUCACUGGUGCCAUCGAGGCCAAUUUCAUGAACGCGGUGUACAUAAAGAAAUGACCAAAGUUGUUCGUUGGAG